UUUUCUUGUGUUGAUUUUAGUUGUAAUAGUUCCUCUUCAUUGCUUUCUACACUGUGACCUCAGAUGACCUUUAUUUUCCCUGCAAGGGUAAAAGUCACUGGGUGGAGAGAAGACUGCAGUGAAGGAUAUGAAUGGAGAGCCUGGGGAUAGCCUCCACUAGUUAGGGAUUAAGUUGCUGCUAUGUGGAGAAAGGCAGAGAUAUCACAGAGUUGCACAAAUACUCAUCAACUAACGGUGCUGCUUUUGGAAGGAAAAAAAACUUCACUGAAUAUUUCUAAGCUCUUGGAAACAAAAAGCUGAAUGCAUGUGCACAUGAAAGGUGUUGGCAUGGAUCGUUACCUGAACAAACCAACUAGAUAUGUGCCCAGGAACCUAAGGGAGCGCCUCUUACAUCAUUAAUUUUAUUAUAUAACAUAAUAUGUGUGCAAAGGAGUGUCAGGUAGAUCUGCAGGGAAUGGUGGCUUUAGACAGGAAUCAACAGCUUCUCUUCAUCUCUAGUAUUAACUACAUUUUCAGUUAGCAUAGCACUACAUUUGAGUUCUGCAUAAAUAGGUGAAAAACAACCACAAAGAGAUAUAAAGUGACCAAGGAGAAACUGAAAAUGAUUGCAAAGUGUGUGUUCGUGUGUGUCAGUGAAUGAAUGAUGUGUCAGAAGGCUCUGAAUGCUCAGUUUGCAAUUUUUUCCCCACUCUUUGAUCUGUAUGAUGUCAAAGAGAGCAGAUAUCUUUAAGCGCUUGGUGACUCCGGGGUAGCUCACUGGGUGUCUUGGCGCGGUUGCUGACCUGCUCCCUUGGGGAUUGUGGUCCAGGGUAGAUUGGGCAUCUUUGUCGCGCAGUGGGACACCCAGGGCUCAAAGUAUAGAAACUAGUUCCCACCACUCAAAAAUAUAUAAAUAAAUAAACCUAGGCAGAGCUACAUAACAUUUUUGAGUUGUUAUCUCACAACUGGGACAUACUAAGCCAAAUCUUUUUCUUAUGGAUGGCAAAAAAAAAAAAAAAACCCAAAAACAUUUUCAGUGGAGGAAACAACCUUCCAUACAAGAUCACCACUUCAUUAAAAACCAAGCAAGCAACAGCCAAUCAAAAGAAAGUUGGCUUAAACAGAACAUGGCUAGUUUCGGACAGAGCAUGAACUUAGGGUUCGCACUUGGGCCCAGUCUAUAUAAGAACUGCAAGACUUAAAGUGCUUUGCCUUGUAGUAUCGUCUUCCCUGUAGCCUGGUACAAGCCAGCUGUCAUGCAAGGGCGCUGCUUUAAUGACCAAGUAGCUGCUUACUCAAAGAGCAGUGAUGAUGACUGUGUUAUCAGUGUUUGGUUCCAUCUGUCUGUUUGCCCAUCAGUCUCUUUAUUAGCUUUCCAGCCUCCACAGUUUUCAAGAUAUCAUUUUCAAACUCUGUGUGAUGCUAGAUGCUAAUAAGAGCUUGAGCAGAUUUAAUUUUGGUGAAACUUGGGUCAAGGUCAAGAUCACACCAAGUGGCAAAAUGAAUAAAAACUUUGAGAGAGCUGUAUAACACUCUUACAAAAAAGCUUAUAGAAUCCAAUUCUGCUCCAAUCAUACUGUAAAGCUGCAACAAGCGCCAUUUUAGUAUGUAAUGCUUCAAGGUCAAAUGACAGGGAAAAAGCUUUAGUUUUCACUGUUUUCCCCAAAUUUUAAAGCAAUAUGUUAAUCAUUGUACAUCAGCACAAAUGAGCCAUGAAAACAAUCCAGAUGUCAUUUUUGAGGAUUUGCUGACAUCAGCAUAAAACAUCAAAGUUUGAAUAUAACCCUUUGGGGGUUACUCUACAGCGACACUGUAGAGUAAGUUGACCUGCAUCUUGAACUCUGAGUGCAGCUGAAGCUCACUUUGUAGCAUGUCCAGGGAUCAGAAGUAGAGAGUACAAACCAGUAUUUCUACUUCACCAAUGUGAAUUUCUAACAUAGUGUUGCACCAAAGGCCCCUUGUCCACCAAGAUGAAAGCUGCUGUCAGUGGUGGCAUCUUUACAAAGAAUUGUCUUUGGUCAGUCACUGUGAUGUCUCAUGUUCUCCAACAAAGUCCUUAAAAUUCCAAAUCCCUGCCUUUAGAGUCGGAGAGUUGGGUUUUAAAGAAUGCGUUGACUCUGGUUAAUGAAGCCAAGCCACGGCUUCACUAAUUAGUCAAGUCCAGUAAUGGCUGGAAUCCACUGUUAGUCAAAGCUGCCAAAUACCUGAUGGCUACCAAUCAUGCUCUGUCUUCAUGGGAAAAAUACCCACAAUUUAUUUUGCUGACUCUCAUUUCCCCAAUUAAGAGGGACAGUUGAGGGGCAGAUCACUCCAGAGCAGACUGAUUUUAGGUGAAAAAAAGGGCAUACCGUGAUCAAAUAUUUGCAAUUCUUCAUGUUUUUGGGUUGUUUUUUUUAAAUCAAAAUGCAAUAAUAAUGUCAUGGUGAAUGUUAGUAAUGGAACACAUGCUGUAAGCAUAUGUGAAGACUACAUAGGUAAUGUGUAGGUAUAAGGAUGAGGAAGAAGAAUCUGUUUCAUAACAUAACUACUAAGACUUCUCUCUCUGUCUUAAGGUGCUUACAUUGUAACCCUACAAUAUUAUGUCUAAACACUUUUAAAAACCUCAUUCAAAGUCUGUUGUUUCAUAUAAUGUUGUUUCUUGAAGGCUGAGAUGCUGUUAUGCGUCACAUGUUGGAGCAACGCUUCCACAUCUCACAGAGCGAUACCAAUUAAAAAAUGCUGACACAGUAGUGUGACGCUCAAAGCAAAAAUGUCUUUUGAUCAUCACAACAAAAGGCCAAAGCACUUGUAUAACAGAAUGAAUGUCUUAGUGAGUGUGUCUGUGUGACCUUCAAAAAAACAAGCAGGUGUUUGCAGUAGUCAGCCUCUUACACAAACAUUAUAACCUCAAGAUCGAUGUGAUAUGAUCAAAUCAUAGUACUGUGCAAGCUGAGAUAUUUUUCUAGGAAAAUGGGGAAAAGGUGCAGUGAUUCUUUUGAAACAUGCGCAAACAUACACAGAAAUAUGGUAUAUAAUAUUGGUAUACAGUAUAUACCAAUAUUUGGUAAGACCACCUUUAUUUUCAACACAGCCUUAAGUUUCUUUGGCAAGCUUUCAUGAAAUUUACUUAAUUAGUGCUCAGGAAUUGUUCUCCAGACUUCUUGAAGGACAAUCAAAGCUCUUCUUUGGAUGUUGGCUGUCUUUUGCUCUGUUCUCUGUCAAGUCAGUCCCACAGUGCUUUAUUGAUGUUGAGGUCCAGGCUCUGGGGAGGCCAAUCCAUGACUGUUUCAACCAUGUUUUAUACUUUCUAUGCUUAUUAGCGUGCACCACUUUAUUGAUGUAGAAGGUGUUUUUGCUUAUUCACUCUGUGCUUAAAAACAGAAUAAUAAAGUAACAGACCUCGAGCACAAUCUUCUUUAUUGGCCUGUACUGCACAGAAAACCAACUCUGCCAUGUCCAUGUACAGAUAACAACAAUAGUGAGCUGCCUUUGUAGAAACACCUGCCAAUGAAAAAGCUUUCACCCCACUGUGACAAUCAUAAUGUACUGUCCUAAAACAGGUAUAUAAAAACGCCAAACACACAAAAAGUCCUAAACUAAUGACUCAGGAAGCUAGGGUGAAUCAGAAAGAAACUUACUGCUAAUAUAAAAGUUUUUGUGUGGUAUAAAAGUAACACUGGUGGUCUUAAAGAGUUACUGCCAUACAGUUUUUUAUACUUUUAGACAGGCUAGCUGUUUAUUGUACCAGUUAUGCUAAAGGGCUGCACUAAAGGGCAAAUAUGAAAGCUACCAAUGUUAACUACUAAUAUAAGAACUAAUAACUCAAAGAAAUACUUUAAUUUCCCAAAGUGCUGAACUAUUCGUAAGCCACAUGCUUUAAACAGCCUGUUGUUUCGCCUCUAGCUUAUUUAUAAUACAUUUUUUAACGGUUUAUCCCUCAAUGUGUUUGACUUUUAUUAGUAGUAACCAAUUAGGAGUCUCCACAGUAGCAUUUUCAGAUGCAUGCCUGCCCCUCUGUGCACUCGUGUGUGGGUGUUUUUUCCCCCUCUCUGCCUGGUUUGGGAUUUGCUGGUCGGUGACAUGCCUCCCUCCGCCUGGCUCCUUAUAGCCCCGCGGAGGUAGGAAUCCCGGACGAGUGGUACGGACAUCGCCGACGGAGACCGCAAACACGGAGCGGAGCGGUCCCCUUUAAACACGGUCUUAUGACUACAGACCGCUUCAGACUGAACCAGAGGCUGACAGCCGAGAGCAGAAGAGGGGUUACUCUACUGACAGGAAGCCGGGGGACAGUGACUGACGGCAGGGGACAGACAGGACACAGGUCCGCUCCAGAGGCUGAAUGGUCUGUGUCCAGUCAGAGAACAGUUGAACGGAAACUACCUCACCUGUCCGCAGAAUUUUGUGCUUUUGUCCGCGUGUCGCACCCUGUGGACACAUCCUCUCGUGCAGCACUGAGGAGAUGUGUCGGCUGCCAGUGGCCUCACUCAUCAUUUGCUUCUGGUUGGUGGAGAGAAGCUACUGCAACAACAGCCUUCAGGACAGCAUGAGGGAGCUGCACACCAGGUUCGCCAUCAGCCUCUACCAGACUCUCACAGAGACGGAGAACAACUCCAACUUGAUCGUGUCGCCAGUUAGCGUCUCCUUGUCUCUCGCGCUCCUGCAGCUUGGCGCCAGGGGCAACACACUUGCUCAGCUGGAGGGAACACUGGGCUACAAUGUGAAUGAUGCCCACGUACAAGACUUCCUGUCACACUCCCAGGCCAACAUGAAGAACAACAGCCAGGGGAUGUGGCUGCAGCAGACCUGCACAUUAUUCAUCCAGAGUGGUGUCCAGCUCCUGCCUGGGUUCACACAGCUUGCAUCAGAGUGGGCCAACACCAGCGUUGUCCGAGCCAACUUCAGCCAGCCCAAUCAAACCCACAGCCAACCGGAGCGAGCGGGACACCAGCAAGAUGAGUCAUGGCAUCUCCUGGCAGGAAGCGUCAGCGGUGAGCUGUCAGGCUCGGGCGAGGCCCAAGCAGAGGCUCUGUGGUGGGGACACCGGCCGCAGGUGGCCCUGGUCAACACAGUGGCCUUCAAGGGCGUCUGGCAGAAGCAGUUCAUGUUCACCAACACCCAGAAUCUGCCGUUUGUGCUCUCAGAUGGGAAUGUGAUCAAGGUGGCCAUGAUGUAUCAGGCCGCAGAGGUUAGCUUUGGUCAAUUCAGGACAGCGUCAGAACAGCGCUACACCGUGUUGCAGCUGCCGUACCUGGGCCGCUCCCUGAGUCUGCAGGUGGUCCUUCCCAGUGAGAGGAAGACUCCGCUGUCCUCCCUCGAGGCCCAGCUCACUGCACGCCAGCUGGCAUCCUGGGACGGCGGCCUGCGGAGAACCAAAAUGGACAUCUUCCUGCCGAGAUUUAAAAUGCAGAACAAAUUCAACCUGAGGUCGGUGCUCCCUGCUCUGGGCGUCAGUGACGCCUUUAACCCAGCAGCAGCUGACUUCACUGGAAUAUCAGCAGAGGAGGGUCUUUAUGUGUCUGAUGCCUUCCAUGAAGUAAGAAUAGAAGUCACAGAGGAUGGAACAAAGGCAGCUGCUGCUACCGCUAUGGUGCUACUCAAAAGAUCCCGGGCUCCUGUUUUCAAGGCGGACCGACCCUUCUUAUUUCUGCUUCGACACAUUAAAACAGGAUCCAUCCUCUUCAUGGGCCGAGUAAUGAACCCAGCAGACCAAGCAUCCUGAAACCGUCCAAUCUAAACGCCACUCACAUUCACCUCUACAGCAGCCCAUUUCACUACUGGUAUUUAUUUGUGGACCAAAUGGAGGCUCCACAGACACGUCAGGAAGAGGGACAUUAUUUUUGUACAUAUUUGUAA